AUGUCAUCACGCCCAGAAUUGAAGGUUGACGAUGAAGGAGGCUUUAUCAAAUUCUUCAAAGCUUUACCAACUCACAAUGCUGACACCAUCCGGAUCUUCGACCGUGGAGAUUACUACACUGCUCAUGGCGAUGAUGCAUCCUUUGUAGCUCGGACCGUCUAUAAAAGCACCGCAGUGGUGAGACAAUUGGGCAAAAAUGACUCUACCGGUCUCCCCUCGGUCACUAUGACUAUCACAGUCUUUCGAAACUUUCUCCGAGAAGCCCUCUUUCGAUUAAGCAAACGAGUUGAAAUAUGGGAAACAACCGGACGAAUGAACUGGAAGAUCACAAAGCAGGCUUCACCCGGAAAUCUGCAAGAUGUCGAGGAAGAACUGGCAGGAGAGUUCGAUGCUGCGCCAAUCAUUUUAUCUGUCAAAGUUACAGCAAGGGCUGAAGGAAGAAAUGUCGGGGUAUGCUUUGCAGAUGCUAGUGUUCGUGAAUUGGGAGUUUCCGAAUUUCUAGACACCGAUUUGUAUUCGAAUUUCGAGUCCCUCCUGAUUCAGCUGGGAGUCAAGGAAUGUUUAAUACAAGUCGACAAGUCUGAAAACGAUGUCGAGAUGUCGAAGCUCAAAGCUAUCAUCGACUCCUGCGGUGUCGCGAUUUCAGAACGAGCCGGGUCUGAUUUCGGCAUCAAGGAUAUAGACCAAGAUUUGGCAAGGCUCUUGAAAGACGAGAAGGCGAGUGGAACUCUGGCUCAGACUGAUCUUAAGCUUGCGAUGGGUUCGGCUGCUGCUUUGAUCAAAUACCUUGGACUUUUGCACGAUUCUUCGAAUUUCGGCCAAUAUCAGCUCUAUCAGCAUGAUCUUUCCCAAUUCAUGAAGCUCGACGCUUCGGCGCUAAAGGCGCUAAACCUUAUGCCUGGACCAAGAGAUGGAGCGAAGACCAUGUCAUUGUAUGGCCUACUUAACCACUGCAAGACACCUGUCGGAAGCCGAUUGAUGGCACAGUGGCUCAAGCAACCUUUGAUGAGUAAGGAGGAGAUUGAGAAGAGACAGCAGCUUGUUGAAGCAUUUGUUGAAGACACAGAAUUACGACAAACGAUGCAGGAAGAGCAUCUACGAUCCAUUCCAGAUUUGUAUCGACUUGCCAAGAGGUUCCAGAAGAAAUUGGCAAAUCUCCAAGAUGUUGUUCGAGCAUAUCAAGUUGUCAUUAGGCUACCGAACAUUAUCGGCACUCUCGAAGGUGUCAUGGAUGAGCAGUACAAAGAUCCUUUAGAUGAAGCAUAUACGACCAAGCUCAGGGAAUAUUCGGAUAGUCUGGCAAAGCUAGCCGAGAUGGUGGAGACGACAGUUGAUUUAGAUGCCAUGGACAAUCAUGAAUACAAAAUCAAGCCCGAGUUCGAUGAUAGUCUCAAGAUGAUCAAAAGGAAGCUGGAUAAGAAUAGGCACGAGAUGGACACAGAGCACAGAAAUGCCAGUAAAGACCUGGGCCAGGAUAUGGACAAGAAGCUUUUCCUCGAAAACCACAAAGUUCACGGCUGGUGUAUGCGUCUAACCAGGGCAGAAGCUGGUUGCAUCCGCAAUAAUAAGGGCUAUCAAGAAUGCUCUACUCAGAAAAACGGUGUCUACUUUACAACACAAAAGCUGCAAAGCGCUCGACGGGAAUACGAUCAACUCAUUGGAAACUACGAAAGCACUCAACGCAGUCUAGUCAACGAAGUAGUCACCGUUGCCUCUUCAUAUUGUCCAGUGAUUGAACUCUUAGCAGGUGUCCUGGGCCAUAUGGAUGUCAUUAUCAGCUUCGCACACUGUUCAGUACACGCACCCACAUCUUAUGUCCGUCCCAAGAUGCACCCCCGAGGAGAAGGCAACACGGUUCUGAAGGAAUCUCGACACCCGUGUAUGGAAAUGCAAGACGACAUACAAUUCAUCACUAACGACGUCAACCUCACUCGCGGCUCCUCCGAGUUUCUUAUUCUCACAGGCCCAAAUAUGGGCGGCAAGAGUUCGUACAUACGUCAAAUCGGAGUCAUUGCCCUCAUGGCCCAAAUUGGCUGCUUUGUACCGUGCGCUGAGGCGGAACUGACUAUUUUCGACUGUAUCCUUGCACGUGUGGGAGCAUCAGAUUCCCAACUCAAAGGCGUAUCUACCUUCAUGGCUGAAAUGCUCGAAACAGCCAAUAUCUUGAAAUCCGCGACCUCAGAGAGUCUAAUAAUUAUCGAUGAGCUUGGCCGUGGUACAAGCACAUACGAUGGAUUCGGACUCGCUUGGGCGAUAUCUGAGCACAUUAUCAAGGAGAUUGGAUGUUUCUCUAUGUUCGCUACACAUUUCCACGAGCUGACUGCUCUCGUUGAUACCUUUCCGCAAGUAAAAAAUCUUCACGUCGUAGCUCACAUCGACGAUCAAGGAAAAGCGAAGCGCGAAGUCACGCUGCUGUAUAAAGUUGAUGAAGGAGUCUGUGAUCAAAGUUUCGGCAUCCACGUCGCUGAGCUUGUGAGAUUCCCUGAGAAGGUCGUCAACAUGGCGAAGCGGAAAUCGGACGAACUUGAGGAUUUCACGGGGAAGCACGACGCAACCGCGCUUAAUGUUGGGAAGGAGGAUGUAGAGGAGGGCAGUCAGUUGCUGAAGGAUGUUUUGCUGAGGUGGAAGGAACAAUGUGAGGGGAAGGACUUGAGUCGAGAUGAGAAAGUAGAGAUGAUGAGGGAGCUGGUAAAGGGUGAUGAGAAGUUGCUUGCCAAUCCUUUCUUUAAGAGUGUAAAGGCUCUGUAA